UGCGGGGCCUUCUCCAUCGUGGGGGCUCUGUGCUACGCCGAGCUGGGCACCACCAUCACCAAGUCCGGCGGGGACUACGCCUACAUGCUGGAGGUGUACGGCUCCCUGCCUGCCUUCCUCAAGCUCUGGAUAGAGCUGCUCAUCAUCCGACCCUCCUCGCAGUACAUCGUGGCUCUGGUCUUUGCUACCUACCUGCUCAAGCCCAUCUUCCCCACCUGCCCAGUGCCCGACGAGGCUGCCAAGCUGGUGGCCUGUCUCUGUGUCUUGCUGCUUACGGCAGUGAAUUGCUACAGUGUGAAAGCUGCUACUCGUGUCCAGGAUGCCUUUGCUGCAGCCAAGCUGCUGGCACUGGCCCUGAUCAUCAUCCUUGGCUUCGUGCAGCUUGCAAGGGGUGAUGUGUCAAACCUGAGCCCUGAGCACUCCUUCGAGGGCACGAAGGUCGGUGUGGGGAACAUCGUGUUGGCAUUGUACAGUGGCCUCUUUGCCUAUGGAGGAUGGAAUUACUUGAAUUUUGUGACAGAAGAGAUGAUCAAUCCCUACAGAAACCUGCCCCUGGCUAUCAUCAUCUCCCUGCCUGUAGUCACUCUGGUUUAUGUGCUGACUAAUUUGGCUUACUUCACGACGCUGUCAACAGAGCAGAUGCUGUCAUCCGAGGCAGUGGCUGUGGAUUUUGGGAACUACCACCUUGGUGGGAUGUCCUGGAUCAUUCCAGUCUUUGUUGGCCUGUCAUGCUUUGGGUCUGUCAAUGGAUCUCUUUUCACUUCUUCCCGGCUGUUCUUCGUGGGAUCCCGAGAGGGACAUUUGCCUUCAAUCCUGUCCAUGAUUCACCCCAGGCUUCUCACCCCUGUGCCAUCCCUUGUGUUCACGUGCAUCAUGACCCUGCUCUAUGCCUUCUCCGACGACAUCUUCUCAGUCAUCAACUUCUUCAGCUUCUUCAACUGGCUCUGUGUGGCUCUGGCCAUCAUUGGCAUGAUGUGGCUGCGUUACAAGAAGCCAGAGCUGGAGAGGCCCAUUAAGGUGAACAUCUGCCUGCCCAUUUUCUUCAUCCUGGCCUGCUUGUUCCUCAUUGCUGUUUCCUUCUGGAUGACACCAAAGGAAUGUGCCAUUGGCUUUGCCAUCAUCUUCAGUGGGAUCCCUAUUUACUUCUUUGGGGUCUGGUGGCAAAACAAGCCCAAGUGGAUUCUCCAAGGCAUCUUCUCUGCAACUGUUGUGUGUCAGAAGCUGAUGGAAGUGGUUCCUCAGGAAUCCUAGGCAGGAAAAGCAGAGACAUUCAGCUCGAGGAAAC